GGAGAAAAAACAUUCACUUGUGAUCAGUGUGGGAAGAGUUUCAAAAAAUCAUCACACCUUAAGAGCCACAUGAACGUCCACACUGAAGAGAAGCUGCACAAAUGUGAUCAAUGUGGCAAAACAUUUUCGUGGGCUUCAUCCCUGAAGAGUCACCUGAAAAUUCAUUCAAAGGAGAAACCACAUUCAUGUUCUGUAUGUGGAAAGAGUUUUUCUCUGCUGAAAUUGUUAAAAGAGCAUCAGAAGAUACAUUCUGGUGUGAGAGAUCAUGUGUGCUUUGACUGCGGGAAGAGUUUUAUUAGAUCUGCACAUUUGAAACAGCACCAGAGGAUCCACACUGGAGAGAAACCUUACAAGUGUUCACACUGUGACAAGAGAUUCAAUCAGUCAUCUCAACUGAAAUCACACCAGAGGAUCCACAGAGAGAAACCUUACAAGUGUUCACAAUGCGACAAGAGAUUCCUUCACUCAGCACAACUGAAAGCACAUGAGAGGAUCCACACUGCAGAGAAACCUUACAAGUGUUCACACUGUGACGAGAGAUUCCUUCACUCAGCACAAUUGAAUGCACAUGAGAGGAUCCACACUGAGAAGAAACCGUAUCAAUCACAAUACACAGAACAUCUUCAAAUGCCACGUCCUCACUAAACCUGACACAAUAAUGCACUGAGCAAUAAAAUCUCUUCUGUAUAAA